AUGGACCUUGCGACAUGCAGCGGGCCCAUUUAUAUCGGAAAGAGACAAGUCAGACAAGUUGUGUUCACAAGCAACCGAGCUGGCUUUGAGACUCAUGACAAGAUGGCGAAGGGCUAUGUGGCUCCGAUGAAGGAGAUCCUGCCAAAGAAGGCUGAAUGUCCCGAACCUAGCACCUCGUUGAGUUUCCUGCAGCAGCUGGGAGAUGAGAAGAUCACUCCAGAACAGGAGUUGGAGAUUUGUGAACAACUACGGCGAGCAGCGCUCUCGAGUCAGGCCGCGUUACUGGUGAAGCACCAAGCCGUGGCAAGACUGCUGGAUGCUGCCGCCAAGAUGGGCGAAGCACGUGACGGGUUGCGGAAGGCGGCUCUGCAAUGCCUUUGUUGUUUGGCAGCUGGCCGAGAGCUGGACGACGAGGAUGGCAAGGAACACUCGAUUCGUCCCAGCGCUGCUGAUGCAAGGCAACAGCUGCGAAGCGCCCUGGAGCCGACCUUCCUGAAGAAGUUGGGACAGCUUUGCAAAGACCACGCAGGAUCUUUGAGUCAGCUGGCGCACCUGCUUGGCUACUGUCAGGAGAUCGAAGACACUGAAGCCUUGGCCGUGCUCCACCGGGCCUUGGAGUCUCAAGAGGAAGUGCAGCGAGCUGGAUUGGCGGCUUUGACUGCCAUCUGCGACAAUCGACGGCGCCUCGGGGCUCAAGGUGCAGCGGUGGUGCCAAGCCAAAGCCUCCUGAAGUGUUUGGAGGCGGCGCUCCACAGCAGCCACCAGGAGUUGGUGCAAGCGCUCCUUGCGGAGGUCUUCGCACUUUUUGCUGAUGAUGAGGACCGGCCACAGAACAUGCAGGUCGAUUUGCCAGAGCUGGGUCUUCGAAUCUUGGAGCCUUUCUUGCAGUCUGAGGAACCGCUGCUUCGCUGCAAUGGUUUGGCAGGGCUCAGCUGUUUGCUUGCCGCCAAAGCCAAGGCAGCCAAAGUACUGCAACUCUCUGCAGCGCCGCUGACUGCGAUGUUGAAAGCGCUUGGAGAGCCAGGCGAAGGCCGUGCCCAGGAGCAUGCGGCCGAGGCGCUGAUUCUGGCGGCCUCCGAUGUGUCGACACGGCAGCGGUGGAUCGAGGGGGAAGGCAUCGAAGUGAUUUUGAACGCUCUCAGCGAGGAGAGGGGGAAGGAUCGGAGCUUCGUGGAUGCCAAGCUGGUGGCGGUGUUGGCAAUCAUGGCGGCCCACGAGAAGUCUGUCCGGGAUGAAGUCUUUGACCGGGUGGACUUCAUGAUGGAGCUGCGUUUCGCCAUGGAGAUGGCCAUGAAACGCACCAUGGCCGCCAACGGCCCAGAGGAGAAGCGCCAGGCAAGACGUUUGUGCUGUGCACUCCUGGAGAGCUUUGCCAUGCUUUCGAUCCAUGGAGAAUUCAAGGAGCUUCUGUCAAAGUCCAAGAAGACCUUGGUGGCGCUCCAAGAUUUGGCCAAGGAGGAGGACUUCGAGGACAAAGCCCUGAGCUUCUUCUACGCCAUGCUGAUUCACAACCUUUGUAGGUCACGCGAGGACAAGCAGAGGAUCAAGACGGGCAAUGCGAUGAUUGACGAUUUGAGUGCCGAUGACUUCAAGGCGCUGGAGGAGUUCUACGAACGCAUGCCGGCCGAAGCCAGGCCCCAACGGAACGGCGAAGUGGAUGCAGGGGACAAAGCUUUGGCACAGAAGAUGAGGGCCUGGUGCCUUCAACGAAAAGGUGACUCCGGCCCCGCGCCCGUGGUGUUGAAGCUCUGCCGCGCAGCGUCGAACGGCUCGGUGCAGAGCAAGGUCUUGGCAGCCGAGUCCCUGCGGCUGCUGUGUCAAGAUCAAAGCCACCGGAAGUUUGUGGCGGCAAGUGGCGGCUUGCGCACGCUGCUGGAGCUCGCUGAGGAACCCAAAGCCAUGGAGCCGGCGAGGCAAGCUUUGGCGCAGAUCCUCAUCAGCACCAACCCCAUGCUUCUGCAGUACCACGAGCAGCUCAAUGCAGUGAGGCCGCUCCUGCAGAUGUUCUCCUCUUCCAAUGAGCUCUACCAGUUCGAAGGUGCCAUGGCUUUCACGAAUCUCUUGACGAGUUCGGAGGAGCUUCGAACAUAUGCGCUGCAGAGUGGGGCGUGGAACCUAUGCAAAGAUUUGCUGUUCUCCGACAACGAGCAGGUGCAAUGCGCUGGCUUGGAAGUGUUGUGCAAUCUUACCUUAUCACCAGAGGUCUUGGAGCGUUUCGCUGAUGGGAAGGCAGAGGUGGAGCUGCAGCUCCUGGGUGCCUUCUGCCAGAGCGAGGACCUUCGGAGCAGCGUGGCCGCUUCGGGGGCCUUGGCGAUGCUGGCUGACUGCCCGGAGGUGGCUGAGCAGAUUGCAUCGUGCCCGCAUUGCAUCAAGGGCCUCCUACAUCUCUUGGAACAGAAGGAGCCUCCUUUGCAACAUCGGGCCAUGGUCCUUGCCACUUCUUUGGUGGAGACGGAGGCUGAAGCAAAGGAUGUGAUCCUCAAGAAGGUGAAGGAGCGGAGAAAGCUGGGCUUCAGCUCUGUGGAGGCACAAGGUCUUGCUGAAUCACUGGGAUGA